GUUAAACCUGAAUCAAGUCUGUGGGGUGUUCAUAAUUUAUCAGCACCAAUUUAUCAGAAACAGCCAUGGCUACCACCCAACCAUUCCAGCACACUGGCAUCGUUGGCGCCGGCAACAUGGGCACAAUGAUGGCUUUCGGCCUCGCAGAGCUUGGUCCCGAUGUAUCCCUGUGGGACGUGAAAAGCUCUAAUGUCGAUGAAGCAAUAUCAAUGAGCAAAAACGAAGAGAAACUGAAGGGGAAAAUCUCCGGUUUCCACGAUAUCCAUAAAUUUGCUGACAGCAUCAAGCCCGUCACGGUCGAUGGCGAUCAAAGAAGGCUCUUUCUCUUCUCAAUUACGCACGGAUGGCCCGCAGACAGCGUCUUGGAUAAAAUGAAGGAUGAUCUGAAAAAGGGAGAUAUCAUCCUUGACGGCGGCAAUGAAAAUUAUCGGAAGACCGAAAGGCGGCAACGGGAAUUAGAAUCAAAAGGAAUCAGCUGGAUUGGAAUGGGAGUGUCUGGGGGCUAUCAAUCUGCAAGACAUGGGCUAAGUUUGUCGCUCGGUGGUGAUCCAGAUGCCAUCAACGUAGUGCUACCGCUUCUGCGAACAUUCGCUGCGAAGGACGCACGAACAAAGGAGCCCUGUGUCUCUAAUAUUGGUCCACGCGGUGCGGGCCACUACGUUAAGAUGGUACACAACGGCAUCGAGAAUGGGUUGCUAUCAACUCUUUGCGAGGCGUGGGAUAUCCUGCACUCCGGCUUGCAUUUAUCCCACGACCAGAUUGGAAAGAUACUUGAGAAAUGGAAUAGUGAAGGGGAGUUACGACAUACGUUCCUUGUCCAAAUUGGGUCAGAGAUUUGCCAACGGCACAAGACUACCACAGGUGAUAAGGGUGGCGAGGCUGCAAGUAGCGCUGGCGGCUUUGUCCUAGACGAUGUCGGCGAUAAGGUCGUGCAGGAUGACGACGAUACGGAAGGGACCCUCUACUGGAUGGUCAUGGAGGCAGCGGACCGGCACGUCUCUGCCCCGACUAUAGCGACUGGCCAGUUUCUCCGAGUCGCAAGCGGCAACCGCCGACAACGGCUUUUGGUCGCAGACAAGCUCAAAGUUCCCCACCCAAAAAAAAUGGAAGCUACCAAAGACGCAGAUUCGUUCAUCGAAACGCUUCGCAAAGCGGUAUUCGUCUCGUUCCUGUGCUCCUACUGCCAGGGACUGGAACUGAUAGCACGUGCAUCCCGGGACGAGAAAUGGAAUGUUAAUCUCGGAGAGUGCAUGAAGAUCUGGCGUGCCGGCUGCAUUAUUCAGGCAGAAUACAUCUCCGAUCUCCUCAUGCCUGCUGUGACAUCUGGUGCAAGGAUUAUGAACAUGAAGCUCAUCAAUGAGGUCUCAGCUGCACUUACGGAACACUAUGACUCGUUAAAGUUAGUGGUUCUGAGUGCGGUGGAGGCAGAUUCCUGUGUUCCCUCAAUGUCAGCCAGUUUGGAAUAUUUGAAAUAUGAAGCGAGUAAGAUGCUCCCUACGCGAUUCAUGGAGGCGGAAAUGGACUUUUUUGGCGCGCAUAAUUAUGAUAGGCCUAGCGUUAAAGGAGAAGAUCCCGGUAAAGUGGCCAAGGGUGCGCAUCAUUAUGAAUGGCGCCCUGCUUGAAACAUGUCUGAUGUGAUGUUGCAGGACACUCUCGGUCAAGCAAAUUCGUUCAUUGUCCAUAAGGUGGAAAAGCAACGCAUCUAUUCAUAGUGCAUUUGGUCUAUCAAUACUUAGUAAGGGUAGAUGAGAGUUAUAGUCCUGGGCAAUUGUCUUUUCUAGCAUUGUCGCUGUUCGUCCUUGUGUAGGACGAGGGGUUUGUUGGUUGGCUUAUCUUAUCUUACCUCAAUCUAAUCAGAUAACUAUCGGUCUUGAACGCUAAACCCAAUAGAGUAUUCUGGCAUUUCU